GGAGAAGCAGAGCUGGCAGCUGGAUAAAUCAGGACUGUAGGGAAAAACAAGAGUAUAAAGGCAGGAAAUCACAACUAAAUGCAAGGAAGGUGAGGUUACUUAGCUGCUUUGAGUUUCCAGACACAGAAAUUAUUUAAAGAAAGAGAAGAAGAAGUAACGCGUGGAUGAAAGAGCAGAUGGCUGAAAAUUGCUACAGGGCAGUAGGAGCAACUGUGGGCGGGGAGAGGGGAAGUGUGGUCGACAGGAGAGGAAUUUAAAGUCUCAUUGUUCUGGAAGAGCAGAGGCAGCGAGAGCCGAGGAGCAGGAGGACAUGGACGUGAGCGCAGCCAUGGAAAAGAUGUCUCUCAGAGGUGCAGGGAAGUGUCUGGUUUGUAAGGGCAGCUGCUCUGGACUUCAGCCCCAUUCUUGGAGGAAAGCCUGCAUGGCAUGCGGCUGCAGCACGGUCGACCACGCUCCGGAGAGUGAUCUUGAGGACGAUCAGCAGAUGGGACGCCUGUUCGGAGACUCGCCCUGCUCACACUUAACUGCAAAGGUCAAAGGGGGCGGCGGCCUUCGGAUGUACAAGAGAAACCGAAUGAUUGUGACGAACCCGGUGGUGUCACGCAAGGACCCAACUUUCAUCACCACCACGUACGACUGGGCACCAGCCGGGCUCAACCAGAAACUGGCCAUGCAGUACAUGGAGCUCCUCCCAGAGAGUCAACGUCCCGUCUCAGGGACCGAGGGGGCCCUGGAGCGCCGCAGGCAGCUUCUCAGACAGCUCCCUGUCUACGAUCAGGACCCCAUGAAGUGUCAGAGUCUCGGCAGCCAGGAGGAGGUUUGCACCAUGAUUCUGUUUGUGAAGCAGUUCAAACAGGAGGUUCUGGGAGUGGGCGAGGUGGCCUUACCUGGAGAGGGAGGAGUUCUGAAGGAAGCAGCUGCUCAGAGGAUGGCAAAGGAGGUCAAAGAUCACAGUCACAAAACAGAUGCUGUGCAGGACCAGAACCAGAGUGCAACCAGCGGCACCACCUCCUCUGCUGUGAACGGAACCGAUGACAAAACUGAAUAUCGGUGUACUGGUUGCCACGAAGAGGUUGUGAAGGACAGUCCAGCUGUUUACGCUGAGCGUGCAGGUUACCAUGACGUCUUGUGGCAUCCCACGUGCUUUGUUUGCUCAGACUGCGGCCAUGGUCUGGUGGACCUGGUGUAUUUCUGGUCCAAUCAGAAGCUGCUCUGUGGACGGCAUUACUGUGAGUCGGUGUGGCCGAGAUGUUCCGGCUGCGACGAGAUUGAACUUCCAGCUACUCCUUUUGAAUCACUGAUCAUCUCCUCUGUUGCUUCUCCAUCCUCAGCUCAUCUUCUGCAAGUCGUUCAUCACAGCGAAAGAUGGACGGACGUGGCAUCCUCAACAUUACUGCUGCUGGAAGUGUGGCCAAAGCCUGGAUACACCCUGUCAGCACUGACAAAUAUUUAAUUUUAAAACAUCACCAAUAGAACUACGAGGAAGAAAAGAGAUCAAAAUAACAUACAUAAAAGUAAAUCCUUCAUAAUAAAGAGCUGAAUUAUGUUUUUA